UCCGCCUCCGUUGCCCUAGCGGCAGUUUGUUGACUUCCGGUGACGCGUAGUGGCGGAUGCCGGGAGUGUAGUUAUGGGGGCUUAGGGGGCUUUCGAGGCCGUACAUCGAGUUGAGGCUUAGACUUAGGCUCCUUGGAGUCGUCCCCGCAGCCAACAUGGCUCAACCGCAGGCUGCCGUUAGCGUGUUCACCAUGCGGGAACAUGAGGACCGAGUGCCGGAUUCGGGUGCAGUGUUUACAUUUGGAAAAACUAAAUUUUAUGAGAAUGCUCCUGGCAAAUUCUGGUUUAAGAAUGAUUUGCCUAUUGCUCUUGCUUGUGGAGAUGAACAUACUGCUGUUGUUACAGGAAAUAAGAAACUUUACGUCUUUGGCAGUAACAAUUGGGGUCAGUUAGGAUUAGGAUCAAAGACAACUGUUACAAAGCCAACAUGUGUCAAAGCUUUAAAACCUGAAAAAGUGAAAAUUGCUGCCUGUGGAAGGAACCACACUCUAGUUUCAACAGAAGGAGGCCGUGUAUAUGCAACUGGAGGAAAUAAUGAAGGCCAGUUAGGACUCGGUGACACUGAAGAGAGAAACACUUUUCAUCCCAUCGGCUUUUUUACAUCUCAGCAUAAGAUUAAACAGCUCUCUGCUGGUUCCAACACUUCAGCUGCACUAACUGAGGAUGGAAAACUUUUUAUGUGGGGUGACAAUUCUGAAGGGCAAAUUGGUUUACAAAAUAUAUCUAAUGUGUGUGUCCCUCACCAAGUUACUAUUGGGAAACCAAUCUCCUGGAUCUCUUGUGGAUAUUACCAUUCUGCUUUUGUAACAACUGAAGGAGAGCUAUACACAUUUGGAGAAGCUGACUGUGGAAAGUUAGGUCUUCCCAGUCAGCUGCUGACCAAUCACAAAAUACCUCAGCGGGUGCCUGGAAUUCCUGAUAUAGUGAUACAAGUAGCUUGUGGUGGUGCACACACUGUGGUUCUCACAGAAAAAGGCGUGUAUGUCUUUGGGAUGGGACAAUUUGGUCAGCUGGGUCUUGGCACUUUCAUUUUUGAAUCUUCAGAACCCAAAAUAAUUGAACAUAUUAAGAACCAUGAAGUGACUUCUAUUUUCUGUGGAGAAAAUCACACAGCUUUAAUAACAGCUACAGGCCUUUUAUAUACUUUUGGAGAUGGUCGACAUGGAAAAUUGGGACUUGGACUAGAGAAUUUGACCAAUCAGUUUGUUCCUACAUUGUGUGCUAAUUUUUUUAGGUUUGUCGUUCAAUUGGUGGCUUGUGGCGGAUGUCACAUGUUAGUUUUUGCUUUUCCACGACUUACUAUGGCAGAAGAAGAAUAUUUAGAUGACUUAAGCCGUACUUACUUAACUGCUGGGAUGUCUAUGUCCAACAUCGACCUGACCUCAGGAAGCAUGCUGAAUAGAUCUUUAUCAGCACGUGUGCGUCGAAGAGAGAGGGAGAAAUCCCCAGAUUCUAUGGCAGGAACACCACCUCCAGAUGAAGGGACUUUUAUUCCACCUAUUUCUUUUUCUCCCAGUUCAGUUCCUUUCCACGUGCCUACAGGUACACUAUCAGACGAAGUGAUGGCUGAAAAUGUUGCCUCCGUGCAGCUGGAAGAACCAGAUGAUUUUCAAGACAAUAUGGCCAGAGAGAAAGAAACAGAAGAUAAUUCUUCUGUUUCAGGAGCAGAUUCAGAAAGCCUUGGAGAAACUACUGAUGUUUUAAAUAUGACACAUGUGAUGAGCCCGAGUUCAGAUGACAAAUCAUUAAAAUUGUCACCAAUUCAGAAACAAAAGAAACAAGAAACUAUUGAGAGACUGAAGCAGCAUGCAGCUUAUACUGAAAAUGAUGAUAGUAACGAAUAUGAAAGUGAAGAGAUGACCCCCAGAAUGAAAGAAGGGAAAGCAUAUAAACAACUGAUGGCAGAAGGAAUGUAUAAGAUACAAGCAGCUUCAACUGUGGAAUCAACUUCAGAUGAGGACAUAGACAAUGAUUCAGACAAGCCUGGACCUCAGGCUGACACCAAUGUAGGGAGUUUGCAAAAAAAGCUAUUUAGACAUGAAAGUAAGCAUGGCCUUUCUCCAUAUAAUUUUGAGGAAAUGCUAAAAAAGAGUGGUGAAAAACAUAGACAGAAGUAUUCAGAUGUCCAGAAAAUGGUCUCUGAGAAGGAAACUGACCUGCCAGAAAUGACAGAUCUGGAGUAUUUAAGAAAACGUGAAGAGGAGCUUAAAAAUAUUAAUACAUUCUUUGACGACUUACCAAGUAGAGACAUAGAGUUUGAAGAUGAGGAAACUAAAGCUUUUUUUGAGGAAAGUAAAAGGAAACUGCAAAAUAUCGCUUUUGAUAGUGAUGGAGGCUCCAUAGAGGAAGGAGAAAGCGAAAGUCUGCAGGGUACAGCUGAUGGCUUUGAGCUACCUGAGUCAGUAGAAUUUAGUAGUGGAGACAAAGAGGAUGAUGAAGUGGAAGUUGAUCCAAAUUUGUGGUAUAGCAGACAGUUCAUUGAGCAGUCACUUGAGGAAGAUCCGGAACAGAAAAUUUGCAAAUUCAUGACAAAAUAUAAUUUUAAGUGUGAGCACUUGGCAAAGAUCUCAGAAGAGCAGGAAGUAACAGAAGAUUCAGAAGAAAGUGGACUAGAUGAGCAAAAGAUAGAGGGAAAGGAGGAAAAUAAGGAAGAACCUGGAGAAAAAGAGGAGCAAUCAGAGACCACGCCAAAUGACCUUGCAGUCAGAGCAGAGGAUCGAGACAAUUCAGAAAAAGAAAAAUCAGAAGAGUUAGAUAAGAAAGUGGAUGAAAGUUCAAAAGAUGAGAAAGCUGUGGAAGACAUUGGAAAUCUUGUGGAGAACCUCAGUGAAAAAGAAGAGCCAGAAAAAAAAGAAGACAACUCAGCUGACAACCAGGAGGAAACAACCAUUGAAAAGGAUAAAGAAGACAAACAAGAGGAACGGGCCAUCUGUGAUUACAAUGAAAAUCCAAAAGGACACAUCCUUGAGCAUGCAAAGAGUAGUCCUGCAGAAACCACAAAAGAUAAAGAUGUAAAAAAAUCAAGGAUUUUCCUGUUUAAAAGGAUGUCAUUGAAAAAUUUGCAUAGUAGUAAUGAGCCACUUCCAGAGAUAAAACCAAUAGGAGAUCAAAUAGCUUGUAAAAGCACUAAGAGUGAUAGCAGCCAGAGCUACAUGGGGCAAACUCGUUCAACUAGCUCAGCCUCAAAUGUUGAGAGAGGCUCAAAAUCUUGUACGAUCAUAUAAAUAAUAUAUUUUCAUGGUCAUCACUCAUGUUAUAAUUUAUACUUGAAAAACUUUGUGACUUCUGAAGGAAUGUUUCUGAUAAACUUUUAAAGUUAUAAAUUAAUAUGUUUUAUGUGGCCUACAACUACUUUUCAUAUUUAUUUAUGCUAAUAUUUUUGACAGGCAGUUUCAAAAUGCCUUUAUCUCGAACUUUCCUUCAAGUGUUGUGGCCUUAACUGUUCAGUGUUGCAAUGAAAAAUAUAUUUUUGUAUGUGAAAAUUAAAUUAAGAUAUUUCAUAGUUUUUAAUAAACAGUUUUACAUCUUUAUAAUUUCAUAAGACAAUAUUUAUGAUCUCGUGACACUGUAAUGGUUUUUAUUGUAUCUGCAAUUUUUAAGAACUGGAAAAAAUUGUUUUUGAUGAACAAACAUAUUUUAAUAAACUUUGGUCAUUUCCACUGUUUAAAUUGGUGAAUA